AUGGCUAAGCUCAAAACUGGCACCAAGAUCAAGAAGAAGAUCAACGGCAUUGUGAAGCUCAAGAUUGUAGUGCAAAAGCUCCAGAAGAGCCUUUCAUUGGGUAGAAGGAAAUCAAGGCAUGAAGAAGUUGGCGAGGCAAGUAGUUCAUGUUGUGUGCCAGAAGACGGGAAGGAAGGACAUUUUGCGGUAGAUGUAGUGGAUGGGGGGGACGAGCCCAAAAGAUUUGUGGUUCCGUUAACAUGUUUGACGCACCCGACAUUUUUAAGGCUGCUGGAGCAGGCAGCCGAGGAUUACGGUUUUGACCAUGAGGGUGACCUUACGAUUCCUUGCCGGCCAAGCAAGCUUGAGAGGAUAUUGGCCGACGGCGGCUCAGAUGUCGAGGUUAACUGGGGUUCUUGUAAAACCAUGGUGCAAAGCUAUAGAAGCAAGAACAUGAUGUACGUUUAA